AUGCCUGCCUCCUUGGACUCUUCCCGGCCCAUCAUGGCCCCUUCGAACCGCAACUCGGUCCGCUUCAGCACCUACAGCAUGGCUCCUUCGCUGUCUCCCACCGUCGGGACAACCGACUCUGCUCACGCCGAGAUCCGCGACAUCGCUACCGGCCUCGACCGCAUGGAGAACAAGGCUCUCUCCUCCCAGCGCGUCACCCUCACCGACGAGAAGACAGACACCAUGAGCAAGCUCGCCCUCGGUGCUAAGCUCGAGCGCGCUCUCGACCGAAGAAUGAGCGGCCAAGACGCUGUCAUGCGACCUCGUGGCCAGAGCCUCAACGAGAAGCUCAGCGAAAAGGAGUAG